GUUUGUCCUCAAUGUGAGUCCGUAGAUUGAGUGACGACGACAAAGCCUGUGGCUUUUCUUCCUGUGUGUGGAAGCAGAGCCAGUAAAGAUGACAACUGCUGCCAGACCAACGUUCGAGCCAGCGAGAGGAGGGAGGGGUAAAGGAGAGGGGGAUCUCAGUGCAUUGUCCAAACAGUAUUCAAGCAGAGAUCUACCCGGUCAUACGAAGAUCAAGUACAGGCAGCCCACCCAGGAUGCACCCGAGGAGGUGCGUGCCCGUGACUUCCGUCGCGAGCUGGAGGAGAGGGAGCGCGUGGCCGUGCGAGAGAAGACCCGAGAGAGGGGGCCUAGAGAGCACACGACGUCGUCCUCCUCGUCAUCGAAGCGGCCCAGGCUAGACCAGAUCCCCGCAGCGAAUCUGGAUGCAGACGAUCCCCUCACGGACGAUGACGACGAGGAGGCCAACUCCGAGGAGGAGAGCGACGACGACGACACGGCGGCCCUGCUGGCGGAACUGGAGAAGAUCAAGAAGGAGAGGGCAGAGGAGCACGAGCGCAAGGAGCGAGAGCAGAAGGCAGAGGAGGAGAGGAUUCGCAUGGAGAACAUCUUGAGCGGGAACCCUCUACUCAACCUGGCCGGACAGCAGCAACAGCAGCCACAGCCGAUCGUACCAGCCCAGACAUCCUUCAGCGUCAAGAGGAGGUGGGACGACGACGUGGUUUUCAAGAAUUGCGCAAAGGGAGUGGACGACGCCCGGAGGGAGAAGCGCUUCAUCAACGACACGCUGCGCUCCGAGUUCCACAAGAAGUUCAUGGAGAAGUACGUGAAGUAGGAUUGCGAUAUGCGAAGAGAGGGAGUGGUCUCUGCAAUUCCUCAAGAUAAAGACUUUUUUUUUUUCAUCCGGACAUGAGGGAGAUUCUUCAAACAUCUAACAAACUUUUCAAGCAUCCGCCAACCCCAUGCACCAAAUUCUUCUUGUCGUUGUACCAUUGUACCUUUUUAGAACAGCAAAAACAAACAUGUAAACACAUUUUCUGUUCUGUGUUUCAGUUGAGACCCCUUAAAGCAAUUUCUCUUCAUUUUGCUUUCUUUUAUAAGUAAUACCAAUAAACUGAGUAAAAGAUUA